AUGACAACUCCAAUACCUUUGGCAGUUUUAUUGAUUUGCCUAAAAAUCGAUUCUUCUUCUUCUUCUUCAACAGCUGAGAAAAAGAAUAUUCUGUUCAUUGUCAUUGAUGACCUGAGACCAACUCUUGGUUGUUAUGGCAACAAUUUAAUGAGUACACCAAACAUCGAUCAGCUUGCUUCAAAAUCAAUACGUUUUAAUAAUGCAUAUGUUCAGCAAGCUGUUUGUGGACCAAGUCGCAUUUCAUUCCUGACGAGUCGUCGCCCCGACACAACCCAUCUUUAUGACUUUUACUCUUAUUGGCGUUUAGCUGCCGGGAAUUUUACCACUCUACCACAGCACUUCAAAGAAAAUGGCUACUUCACUGCUUCUGUGGGGAAAGUAUUUCAUCCAGGUCGAGCUUCAGGCUUCACAGAUGAUUACCCUUAUAGUUGGAGUAUACCUGCUUACCAUCCACCUACAGAGAAAUACAAAAUGGCAAAGGUGUGUCCAGGGUCAGAUGGAAAGAAACAUAUGAACCUCAUUUGUCCAGUUGAUGUUUCAUCUAUGCCAAAGGGCACUUUGCCAGACAUCCAGAGCACAAAACAUGCUCAGAAGUUAAUUAAAGAAAUCGUUCACAACAAAACAAAACCAUUUUUUCUGGCAGUUGGUUACCACAAACCUCACAUUCCUUUUAAAUACCCCAAAAAAUUUCUUGAUUUGUACCCUCUGUCCAAAAUAAAACUUCCAGCAGAUGAUACUUUACCACCGGGUCUUCCAUCAGUGGCCUGGAAUCCAUGGGAUGAUAUCCGCAGAAGAGAUGAUGUCCAGAAACUUAAUGUUAGCUACCCUUACGGACCCAUUCCUGAAUAUUUUCAAAAACUGAUCAUUCAGAGUUAUUAUGCUGCCACAAGUUACAUGGAUGAACAAGUCGGUCAUUUAUUAUCUGCCCUUGACGAAAAUGGCUUCGCUCAGAAUACAAUCGUAUCCUUUGUUGGAGAUCAUGGGUGGUCAUUAGGUGAACAUCAAGAGUGGUCCAAAUUUUCCAAUUUUGAAGUGGCUGUCCGUGUUCCACUGAUGAUGUAUGUCCCUGGCUUGACGUCAAAGCCUGGUCCAGCUGGUACAAAUUUCCCCUUCAAAGAUCCUCUGAGAAACCUGAAAGCAUCAACCUCCUUCCCAUUCCUCGGGAAGAAGUCUGCAGAAAAUGCCUAUCUCCGCUGGGAAAACUCGCAACUGAGAACUGAUGCUAACCAUUUUAUGAGGCAACAUGAAAGAAAAUGGAGAAUGAUGCAAGCUUCACAAGAAAAUGAAGACUUGACCAUCCGAUUCAACCAUCCAAACAUCAGUUCUAAGAAAACUACUCCUGUCCAAACCUCAGGUUGGAUCAGUGAUGCAUUGGUUGAACUUGUCGAUAUGUUCCCAACUUAUUCUGAAUUGGCCGGAUUGUCUGUGCCUGGACUGUGUCCAAGAAAUUCCUCUAGAGUUGAUUUUUGCACAGAAGGUGUUAGUCUUGUGAAAAUCCUUAAGGAAACGGUAGAAUUGAAAAAAAAGAAAGGAAAGUUUGGUGAGCAUGGGAAAUUGGCUGCAUUUAGUCAGUAUCCUCGGCCAUCUGAUACCCCACAACAUAAUUCUGAUCUACCAAAGUUGGCAGACAUAAAAAUCAUGGGAUAUUCAAUGAGGACAACUGACUGCAGGUAUACUGAGUGGGUUUCAUUCAACCACAGACAGUUUGCUCCCAAUUGGGAUGAGGUUCAUGCCAGGGAACUUUAUUUUCAUAAUUCUUCAGAUGGGCUGGAAAAUCACAACCAGGCAUAUGAUAAGAGAUAUCAUGGGUUAGUUUUGAAACUGUCCGAAAAAUUACACCAGGGAUGGCGAGCAGCUUUGCCUCAUAAAUAUAAUGUCAAUUGA